UAUGAUUUCUGGGGUUAGGUGUGUAAAAGUUGUUGUUGGAGUUCAGAAAAACAAAAUUGUCACACUAUACUGAUGUCCGCACUUUCAUCGAUGCUUGCAAACAAAAAAUCGGCAAUGUAUUCAACCGACGGACGUUUCAGCAUCAGAUAAUGGUCAGAGUGGUGGAUCCUGUAAUCCCGUGCUUUUCACCGCCGGAUUAAAAUCCAGCUCCCAGAGAUGGGGGAGGGGUUGACUGGUAGGGUUAAGGAUGGGCUGGGCGGUGUGGAUUAAAGCUCGCAGAUCUCUUUGCACAGCUGUGUUGAUGUGGGAGGAGCUUGAUUGAUACUAAAGGGGGAGGGGCCUGUUUGAGAUUAUUGUCACUCUUGUUCCUCCAUAUCUGGCCUGUUUAUGGAGUCAAAGGAAUCAUAACAAGUAGUAACUGUUGAAUUUCACUGAAACAUUAUUUAUUGUACUGAUUUAGGGAGUUUUUAAAUUUAGUUCAUUAAACACUUUGAUUAAAACAUAAAACUUAGACGCAGAACAUCUGAGGUUUACAUCUCUGGGUUAAAACAUUCUUGUUUAGUCUUUCUCUUUACUUCCUUGGAAAAAAAAAUAUUUAUAUUCCAAGUGACUUUAUCUUACCAAGCAAGCAUUGGAGUUGAUGAACACAAAUAAAUAAUUGAUAAAAUAUGCAACAGUUUGUGCUCUCUUUAGUUACAACUGUCUUAAUUUUUACACUUUAGAUUUAUGGCCGUUUGUCUAUGAUAUUUAAGAGCAGUUUGAGCUCCGGCUCAAGUAAUAUCUGGAAAACAUGUUAAGAUCCUAAUGUAACAGACUAGUAAGAAACCAUGAUGAGAGGAGAACCGUUAGGAAAUAUCAAAGCAAAGACUUCCAUCAGACUCUCACCACAGGAGUCUGUAUUUAACCUGAAGCAGUUUGCUGUCAUGAAAAGUCAAAAAAUCUCAAGUAGAAUGAAUUUAAAUGAGAUCCAAAAGGGGGGAAAGCAUAAGAAUUUGGGGUCGAGCUGCCUUCAGUAACACUGAUGUAAGGUCACUUACGUAAGGACAACUUGAGCUGUUUGCCUCUGUCUAGACAACAGGGGUAACUUGACUUUGGGUGAAGCUGGGGAUACAAAAAAGAGGAGGGGUUUUCAAGCAAUCCCAGCAGGAGAGGAUUGUGGGAUUAUAUGUGUGAUCAACAAAAAAAAAUGAAGUGGGAGGGGGGGUAGUGUGGAAGGUAUUAAAGUCAGAGGGGAGGGAGGGGACAGAAAAGCAUUUGUGUAUGCAGUCUGGCUCUUCUGUUUCAUUUCACGCUUGUCCUUCAAGACUUAUUCAUACAUCUGUUUUUCUUUUUGCUUCCUUCCCUCAUCUUUUCUCUCCUGUUUCACUCACUUGUUUUAACAUCCUAUAAUCUCAAUCCCAUUCUUGUUUUUUUUUUAUUUCGAAUCCUUUGCACUUAGUUCUUUAUUCCUUUUUCUGGCAUAUCUCUUUUAUUUAUUUUCUCUCUCUUUUUUUUGUUGCUUUUUUUGGUUUUAAUCGCAUCAACUCUACCAGAACAGACGCGCCUAGCGGACGGAAGACAGUUGCUGCUGGUGGUGGUUUGCUAGUGGGUAGCCUUAGCAUACUUGUGGCAUCAGGGAGGAAGGAAGUGGUGAUGGUCACAACCAUGGACGAUCCUUGUCCCAAUGGGGCACAGGAGGAGGAAGAGGAGAUGAAGCCCACAGGACAGCCUGCCGUCAAGAGCCCCCCAACUGUGCAGUCCUCCCAGGGGACAGAUGGAGCUGUGCAGCAGGUGAUGGAUAACGCGGGUGAGCCGCCCACCUCCACGGCUGUGAAAGACAUUGACCUGCUCUUCCUGCGUGGCAUCAUGGAAAGCCCUACUGCUCAUGAGCAGAUGGAGGAAGUAAAGCUGGAAGCAGUGCAGGACAACAAUGUGGAGCUGGUGACAGAGAUCCUGGGUGACAUCGGCAACCUGAAGGUGAAAGACGACAGCGCAGCCGAGCUGUCCAGGAUCCUCCAGGAGCCACACUUUCAGUCCCUCAUGGAAGCUCAUGACAUUGUGGCCUCCAAAUGCUACGAAGUCCCUCCUCCCGCCGAGAUGGCCAAUGAUGCAGCAGUGAACAGCGCGCUCAUGCAGGCCGACGCGGUGCGCAUGAUCGGCAUCCGAAAGAAGGCCGGGGAGCCACUGGGCGUAACAUUUCGAGUGGAGAAAGACGAACUGGUCAUCGCCAGAAUCCUUCACGGGGGAAUGAUAGACAGGCAGGGCCUGCUGCACGUCGGAGACAUCAUUAAGGAAGUGAACGGGAAGGACGUCGGCAACAAUCCAACUGAGCUGCAGGAGAUGCUGAAAGACUGCAGUGGGGGCAUCACGCUGAAAAUUCUCCCGAGCUACAGAGACGCCCCUGCACCUCCACAGGUGUACGUGCGACCAUACUUCGAUUACGACCCAGCCAACGACAACCUGAUUCCCUGUCGCGAGGCUGGAAUGGCCUUCAAAAAAGGCGACAUCCUUCAGAUUGUCAACAGAGAAGAUCCUAACUGGUGGCAGGCCUGUCAUGUAGUGGGAGGUGCCACAGGACUGAUUCCCAGUCAGUUCUUGGAGGAGAAGAGGAAAGCGUUCGUCCCCAGAGACUUAGAUGGAUCAGGAAUCCUUUGUGGGACUUUAGCUGCAAAGAAGAAGAAGAAGAUGAUGUAUCUAACAGCGAAGAAUGCAGAAUUUGACAGACAUGAGCUUCAGAUUUAUGAGGAAGUAGCAAAAGUCCCGGCCUUCCAGAGGAAGACGCUGGUUCUGAUUGGAGCUCAGGGAGUGGGCCGACGUAGCCUGAAGAACCGGCUGAUGGUGCUCCACCCCACACGCUUUGGCACCACCAUACCAUACACCUCACGGAGGCCUCGUGACGAGGAGCUGGACGGAAACUCCUACCACUUUACCUCGAGGACGGAGAUGGAAGCGGAUGUGAAGGCUGGUCGCUUCCUGGAGCACGGAGAGUACGACGGAAACCUGUACGGGACAAAGAUUGAGUCCAUCCACGAGGUGGUCGCCAAAGGACGCACAUGCAUCCUGGACGUGAACCCGCAGGCUCUGAAGGUACUGAAGACGGCAGAGUUCAUGCCCUACGUGGUGUUCAUCGCAGCGCCAGAUUUUGACACCCUCAAAGCCAUGCACAAAGCUGUGGUGGACGCAGGCCUCACAACCAAGCAGCUCACAGAUGUGGAUCUACGGAAGACUGUGGACGAGAGCGCCCGCAUCCAGAGAGCUUACACCCACUACUUUGACCUGACCAUCAUCAACGACAACCUUGACAAGGCCUUUGAGACGCUACAGGCCGCUGUUGACAAACUCUGCUCCGAACCUCAGUGGGUCCCCGUCAAUUGGGUGUACUGAGGACCAGCGUCAGUGCUUCCAGGGUCUGAUCUGCAUGGGUCACAAUGACCCCACCCCUUCCAGUUUGACUCUGACCAAAUGAACCAUAAAGAAAAAGAGAAAACUAGAUACUACUGAAAAGAAAUCUUAUCGCUCCCAUCUCUUCCCAGGCCUACACACUGUGCAACUUCUUUUGUACUCACAUGAAAAGAGUGCUUAUUUAUUUUAUAGCUUUUUAUGAAAGAUCUUUCUAUUUGUUGUGGGAUUUCUUUGAAAAUGAAACAAAAAGAUGUACUUUGGUCACAUUUCUGGCUUAAUUUAUUGUUCCACGUCAUUCUGAUUUUUCUCAUUGUUUAGAUUUGUCGAUUUGCCUUUCAUCAAGCAGGAAUCAUGGUUGCUGCCAAAGCUGCAAAAUGAAGUAGCAGUAGCGCUACAUCAAUGCCAUCUCGGAACAACUCAUGCAGGCAUUUAGAUCUCACCUCAGUUCAGCUGAAUCCUCUCAGACGGACCUCAACCCUGUUCUGGAAAGCCAAGUUUUAUCCCGAAGAAAAUCAAAAACUUUUGUGUUUCACUCUGUUUUUGUUUUAUUGAAUCGUUGUAGUAGUUUGUCAUGUUUUGAACCACCCUGUCAGUGUUUCAUCCCUCAAGAUCUUUACGAUCCUCACCAGUCCAGAGUGUUUGCUUUUAGUGAAGGUGACACAAACCUCAACCUGUCCCUGUGUUGAGUAUUGCAGCACGCCAAAGUCACGGCUGAACCCCAAAAAUGGAAAGGAUGAGUCUAUAUGGAAACAGACAAACCUGAACUGAAAUGGAAACAUUUUUUGUCUCUGAUUUAGUUUUUGUGUUGCAGUUUUUGUUCUACAUCUGUUUUUUCACUUUGGGGAAAAAAGAAUCAUGAACUGUGGCAGACCUGCUGCCUGUUUCCACAUCAACCCUGUGUCCACAGAAUUGUUUUUACAUUUUUAUUAGUAAAACUAUAAUAAAGUUUAAUCAAACACAAA